CAGGCAGGGGUGCGAGGGGGAACAUUAAUUCAAGUGCGCCGCGUUACUCUUCGCUGCUGGAGAUGCUGAAAACCGGAGAGCUCGGGACAGCUGGCGCAGCCGGACUUUCCCACGUGGAGAUGCAGCGAGUGCCGAAGCGCUUGUAUGUUGGAGGGCUUGGCCAUGCGGUGUCUAAGGCUGAGCUGCAGGAACGAUUUGGCAAGUUUGGGCAUGUUUUGGAUGCGGAGAUUAUUACCAGACAAGAUGAUCAGGGGAACCCUCUGAAAGCUUUUGCUUACAUCACUGUCAAUAUUUCAGAUGUAGAUCUUAGAAAGUGCAUGACACUUUUAAAUAAAACAAAAUGGAAAGGCGGGACACUGCAAAUUCAGUUGGCCAAAGAAAGCUUCCUGCACAGGCUGGCCAGGGAGAGGGAGGAAGCAAAGCUGCAGAAGGAAAAGCCACAGAGAAAUGGCCAAACAUCUCUGUUAGAAUCGCUGAAAAAGGUGGGAGUUGUGGACUUCUUUAUGAAAGCAGUGCCAGGUACAGAGGUGCCAGAUCAUAAGAAAUGGGUUGUUGGCAAAUUUGGAAGAGUCUUACCUAUCCUGCACCUCAGGAGUCAACAGAAAAAGAAAAUUAUGAAAUAUGACCCAUCAAAAUAUUGCCAUAACCUUAGAAAGCUGGAGCCAGACGUGACAAAUGCCGUUCCUGUUUCUGAGCUCUCUUGGCACUUGGAAGCGAGAGGUGACAGCAUAAACACAAAGCGGAAAGGAGGGUCACCUGCACUGAAGAAGCCACCUAAAAAACUGAGGCAGCUGGGCAGUGAGGCUUUGAAUGGAGCAGUAGUUCUCCCCUCUGGGUGCCAGUCAAGUUCAAAAACCACAAGCUCACCCCAGCUAGAUCAGCGAUCAAAAUGGAAAGCCAAAGAGAAGUCUAAAUUGUCUCCACUGAGGAGUCUUAAUAAUAAAGUAUCUGGGAGAGGCAUAUUAUCAGAUGAAAGCAAUGUUUCUGGUGUUACGCCUCAAAAUAAUAUGAGUGUUUCUGAGAGUGAUAGUGAUUCUGAAGAGGAAAUCAGAGCAAUGGUAGAGAGGCAAGUACAGAAAGCUGAAAAUGGCAAGGCUGAAAGUGACCACUUGGAAAUUGUUGGGGACAAUUUUGAAUUAAAAUACAGUAGUUAUUGGUCCUUAAGCAAUCCAGAUGCCAUGAAGCAAGCUAUCAAAGGAAACUUUAGAGAGAAAAAGAUUAUGGGAUGUGAUAAUGGCUAUCAGUCAGCAAAUACAGGUGAAAUUAUUGCUAAAAGUAAAAGGCCACAUCUACAUAACAAGAACUCUGCAGUUUUAGACAGUUGUAAACCGGUGAAGGUGGAAAAUGAAGACAUCUUAACUGAGAAAAAAAUUGAUUUGCUAAAUAAAUCCUCAGUGAAAACUCAUCAUUUAAAAGAAUAGAGAAAAAAAGGCAAAAAGAAAAAAUCCCAAACUGCUGCCUUGCAGAGCACAGCAGGUAACAGUACAACAAAAACAAGUGAUAAUGAAAGCUCUUGUUCAGAUCCUGAGAAAGAGGAGUCUGAAAGCAGUUUGCAUUAUGACUGCACGAUGCAGAACUGUUACCGCUUAGACCUUACAUUGGAUGACUUACAAGCAUUAGCUACUGGAACACGCGGAGAAGAAUUAGACAGUGCAUGGAGCUCUAGUCAGUGUGCUGUUGAGGAAUAUCCUAAGGGUAAUGUUGGAAAUAAAACAAACCUUUCAAAAUUUUGCCCUGCGGUUAGGAAAACAUGUAUCUGCCCUGAAGAUGUAGUUGCUGCGAUUUUGGCAGGGGAGGAGGAUGCUGAUGAAGCAAGUUUCAAGGGACAAAAUAAUUUGCAUUUGAAAUAUCAGCCCUUCAGAGGAAUGGGGUCCCUUUGUGAAAUGGAGUUACCCAGGGACAGCGCUGGUUUAGAGAAGAGGUUUGUAGAAAGAUUAGAUCUGGAAGCUUGUGUUUCUUCCUGUGAGGAGGAGUUAGAACAGCAAAAGAACCAUCAAAUGUGUUCAGUUGAACUCAACAGUAAAAAGCAACAAAAUGCGCAUUGUGAACCGCAGGGGGAACUGUCAGAUGCUGCGUCCUUUGCAGAUGAGAGAGGUCAGCCUGUGUCCAGGCUGCACUUGCAAGGGAAGAACAAAGAUGCAAGUUCUACACGAUUCAAGCAAAGUUCAGAGUGUGGAGAUGCUGCUCCUUGUACUGAUCAGAGUGAAGACGAAAGCAGUGACGUGGACAGUAAUGCAGUGUCACAGAAACGCACUAAGCGACAACUGAAAAGCCUCAGAGUACUUUCAAAACAAUCAAAGCAGGAUGUAAGCAAUCAAAAUCCAGAAUGCGAAGCUGAUAAACAUGAGGAUGGGAAGAGAAGCCUUCUGGAAAAUAAAGAGCUUUGUCUUCAUGCUAGUGCUUCAAAGGAGCAUAGACCAGAAAAGAAACAGUUGCAGGAUAACAAAAGGAGGCUAGCAGCUCUAGGGGAGACAGAGAGGGAGUUACAGAAGAAACUCAUUCAAGGAGCUCUCUCCAAUCUGGAUAGCCAGCCAGCAGGCAAGCAUAAACACGUGAUAUUUCAUUCAGAUGUGGAAAGUGAAGCUGAAGUAGAUGAGACGUCGAAGAAAGAUGCCAGCUUGGGAAAUACGCCUGAGCACGAUGAAUCUGCUCCUAAAACCGUGGGCAGACUGUUUGACAGCAGUGAGGAUGAGCAAGAUGAUGUGGACGCUGAGAGAUUCAAAAUUAAGCCCCAGUUUGAAGGCAGAGCUGGUGAAAAACUCUUGAAAUUGCAGUCACGGCUUGGCACGGAUGAAAGAUUCCGCAUGGAUGCUCGAUUCCUUGAAAGUGACAGUGAAGAAGAAGCAGAGACAAACAUCUUGAAGGCAGAUGAGGAAGAAGAGCUUGCAGCAGAGAAAAAGAAAAAUCUGGAAAUCCUGGGAAGUCUCUUGAAUGUCAACUUGGAACACCCUACGCUGACAAAGAAGGCCGCAAGUGCUAAGAAAUUCAGAGAUAUUAAUGGCCUCCGCUAUGAUCCCACAAGAGAGGACCUACUAUUCUUGGCCAUUUUGUAAAAGGAACACUCAGCACUGCAGUAUUUCAUUCUAUCUUCAUUUCAUGAACAUCUAGUUGCUCACGAAGCAGCAGGCAUGUUUGAUUUCCUCACAGGAUUCUGGAUGCUCCUGCCACAAUUAUAGAAGAAAAGGGCUGUGAAAACCUGCAUGGUUUCAGGAAGAAAACUCUGGAAUUCAAUGCCUGUUUAACCUACGUUUUGACCUUUCUAUCCCAGUGAAACACCAAUACCCAGAAAAACCAUCAGCUGACCACUGCAGCCUUCACUUUUAUACACCAGAGCCCUCGUAAGAAGACAACGUAAGAAAUAAGGAGCCAUUUGCUAUGAGUAAUGCCGAACAGACAAGCAUUGGCAGAACAAAACCGGAGGCCUUACCCUAUGGUGCCUUUUUCUUCCCAGCCUCUCUAGGUCCAGACUGACAGAAUAUGCAAGCGAACACAGUAGUUUAAUCACAACCAAGAAUGCUAAGGUUAGGUUUAACUAAAAACUUCAAUCAGUAGAGAUUUAAAUCAAGAACAGUCUAAUUUAGUAUUGAGAAUGUCUUUAUUUCCCAAUUUGGUUGUCCUGCACAGAAAAAGAAAAGGUCAGACAUUUCAAAGCUCUUACUUACUCUAUCCCCAGGAUGCUGAUGUUUAUGACAGUUACUGGGAAGUUCUUAAAUGUAUGAAGCAAUUUCGAUAAGAAAUUGGGAUUAAAAUAUAUCCAUACUAUCACUGGUAGCUACUCACCUUAGGCAGGGGGCAGCUUCCACUACAACAAGAGAACAAAUGCAGAAAGCAGACAGAGUCACCCUUUCCCAGGGCAUUUUCUGUUUGAUUUUUAUCAGGCAGUGAUAAAGGAGUCUGCAAAAACAUUGGACAGCCAAACGUAUGCUUCUGAUGAAACAAAGCCAAAACAAUCCAGGGACAUGGACCAAAACCUGUCAAGUGUGGGAAUGACAGCCUCAGUAAUACUGAUAAUCUGGGAGAGAAGAGUUAGGAAAAAUUCCUUGCUUCGCUAUGAAUUUCCUUUGCUCAGACAAAGGGGCUUCAGGUCCCCAGCUCUAAAGCAAAUGGCACCAUCAAAUCCUUAUUUUGAGAGAAAGAAAGCAAUAAACAUUAAAACUUU